ACUGGAAGAUUACACGCGCCAUCUUGGAUCAGGGCAGGUUUUUAAUCUGGAAAAAAGUCAAAAGAGCACCAAGAAAGAAACAACUAUCAAACGUCUCGAGGAUACCGCACAAGCUGAACGAGAAAAUGACAGCAUGUUUAAGGUCAUGACAUCGGUUUAAAAGCACUUUCAAAGAGACUAUCGGAGUGAAGAGAAGCUAACAUCAGAGCGGGAGCGGAGGUUUUCCCUCAGCUGCUGGGAAACUAGUUUCGUAUAUGUUUGUUAAUCUAAACACCUUUGCCUGUCGGACAUGACAUCAGCUAAUCCGGAUAUGUCUGAGGUCCCGUCUCUGGCCAUGACCUCCUCUAAUGGAUCUCAUUCCAACGGUGUGCAAAAAGCCAACAAACGGCAAGCCACAUCCGACUAUGAGGACGAUGAAGGAGGCAAAUUAUUCAGGUGUGACGAUGAUGGAGGCGGAUCAAAUGACAAGGAGAGAUUUGCCAGGGAGAACCACAGCGAGAUCGAGCGCCGGCGGAGGAAUAAAAUGACCGCCUACAUCACAGAGCUGUCGGAUAUGGUGCCCGCCUGCAGCGCUCUGGCACGAAAACCAGACAAACUCACUAUCCUGCGCAUGGCCGUAUCACACAUGAAGUCUCUAAGAGGAACUGGAAACACCAGCACCGAUGGCACCUAUAAACCAUCCUUUCUCACAGACCAGGAGCUGAAGCAUCUGAUUCUGGAGGCGGCUGAUGGUUUUCUCUUUGUCGUGUCGUGCGAGACUGGUCGCGUUGUUUACGUGUCGGAUUCUGUAACGCCGGUUUUAAACCAGGCUCAGUCAGACUGGCUGGGAUCUUCACUAUAUGAUCAGCUUCAUCCAGACGAUGUGGAGAAGCUCAGAGAGCAGCUUUCCACCACCGAGAACAAUAACAACAGCGGCCGGAUGUUGGAUAUGAAAACGGGCACGGUGAAGAAGGAGGGUGGUCAGGCGACUGUGAGGAUGAGUAUGGGUGCCAGGCGCUCCUUCAUCUGCAGAAUGAGGUGUGGAGUGUGUCCAGUAGAGCCUGUGUCUCUUAACAGACUGAACUUCCUGAGGACCAGAAACAGGAACGGAUUGGGUUCUGCUAAAGACGGCGAGCAGCAGUAUGUGGUUGUCCACUGCACAGGCUACAUCAGAUCUUGGCCUCCUGCAGGAAUGAACCUGUCUGAGGAGGAGGCUGAUAAUAAUCAGGGAAAUCGUUUCUGUCUAGUUGCCAUCGGAAGGCUACAGGUCACCUGUUGCCCGAGCGACACAAGCAUAAACAACAUCAGCGUUCCAGUGGAGUUCAUCUCCCGCCACAAUUCUCAGGGUGUCUACACGUUUGUGGAUCACCGCUGUACGGCCACGGUGGGCUUCCAGACUCAGGAGCUGCUGGGGAAGAAUAUACUGGAUUUCGCACACCCAGAAGACCAGGGUUUACUGCGAGACAGCCUUCAGCAGGUCUGUCUAUCCAAAUACAAUCACUAUCUCCAUCUAGCCAUUUCUUAGCUAUUUAUUUUGUUAUGUUUACACGUGAACUAGUCUUUUCACUGUGUAGUCUUACACCGUGUCCUAGUACUGUAUGUGCCAAAGCGUGAUAAAAGCCAUCUUUCUCAUAUUAAACUACUCUGAACUGAACUCUGAACACUGGACUGAUACAGUUUCAGUUUAUUAGAACUGCUAUAUUAAGCUCCUUUGACACUCUUCAUUGCAAAGGCGCUAUAGAAAUAUAGAUGAAAUAUUGAAAAUGAGUUUUUGUCCUGGCCAUCUGUGCCAGCGAUGUGGGAAAUUUCUAAUUUAGAAAUUCUUUUCCAUGACGUUGCAGCAGAACAACAAUUCAAUUCAUCUUUAUUUUUCUAGCGCUUUUACAAUGUAGAUUGUGUCAAAGCAGCCUAACAUAGAAGUUCAAUUGAAACUGCGUCAGUCCAGUGUUCAGAGUUGAAGAUCAGUUCAGUGUGGUUUAUUUUCACUGCUGAAAGUCUAAACACUGAGGAGCAAAUCCAUCGGUGUUAACUCAACAAGACCCAGACCAAGCAAGCCAGUGGCGAGGAACAAGCUUCACCAAUUGACCAAAGUGAAAAAAAAAA